AUGGACUUUGAAGAUGAUUACCUACCCCAACAUGGCUCCAUCAGUGCUCUUGAUAUCCUGCGUGUCGAAUUCUCCUCUAAUGAUGUUCCUACCACACAUCAGAGUGGUGUUGAGCCUGCACACGUCAAACCUCUCGAUAUCGAUCCGCCAACUGACAGGGAUGUGAAUGCUAUGGAUAGAGAUGAUCAUGAGCGCCCCAGUCACCUAUAA